CUCACUUUCCCCUGCUCCAGACCCUCAAGUCCUGGCCCGCCUGGCCUGCAGACUUGCGGGGGCCCCCGGGGAGGAGAUGCUGGCAGAGCUGGGGGCCUGUUUGCUGCUGGCAGUGGCACUGCUGGGCCCAGGCCCCAGGGCCCGAGCCAUGAAAGGUGUCAAAUGUGGGGGGGUGCUUUCAGCACCUUCUGGAAAUUUCUCCAGCCCCAACUUCCCCAGGCUCUAUCCCUACAACACGGAGUGCAGCUGGCUGAUCGUGGUGGCCGAGGGCUCCUCGGUGCUGCUCACCUUCCACGCCUUCGACCUGGAGUACCACGACGCCUGCGCCUUCGACUUCCUGGAGAUCUACAACGGGGCCGCGGCGGACCAGGGCAACCUGCUGGGGCGCUUCUGCGGCCAGGUGCCGCCGCCCCCCUUCACCUCCUCCUGGCACGUCAUGUCUGUCAUCUUCCGCUCGGACAAGCACGUGGCCAGCCGCGGCUUUUCCGCAGGCUAUCAGAAAGAUGUAUGCGGUGGUGUCCUGACGGGCCUGUCAGGGGUCCUCACCAGCCCUGAGUACCCGAACAAUUACCCCAACAAUGUGGAGUGCCACUGGGUGAUCCGGGCCGUCGGCUCCGCAACCAUCAAGCUGGUGUUCGUGGACUUCCAGGUGGAGGGCAGUGAGGAGUGCGCCUAUGACUAUGUGGCUGUGCUUGGAGGCCCUGGCCCCGCCCGUGGGCACCACUACUGUGGCAGCUCCAGGCCCUCCAACCUUGUGUCACUGGGCCAUGAGCUGCAGGUGGUCUUCAAGUCGGACUUUAACAUCGGAGGCCGGGGCUUCAAGGCCUACUACUUCUCAGGAGAAUGCCAGGAGGUGUACACAGCCGUGCAGGGCAACUUCUCCAGCCCACAGUACCCCAGCUCCUACCCCAACAACAUCCGAUGCCACUGGACCAUCCGCCUGCCUCUUGGCUACCGGGUCAAGGUGUUCUUCCUGGACCUGGAGCUGGAAGAGCCCAACAGCCUGACCAAGACCUGUGACUUUGACCAUCUGGCGGCCUUCGAUGGGGCCAGUGAGGAGGCGCCCCUGCUGGGGAACUGGUGUGGUCGUCACCUGCCACCACCGGUCAUCUCAAGCCACAACCAGCUCCUGCUCCUGCUACACACAGAUCGCAGCACCACCCGCAGGGGCUUCUCUGUGGCCUACAUUGGAGGUCAGCUGGGGCUGGGGGAGGGUGUGCUGGAGGGGGAAGGUGAGGCUGGGGUCCCAGGUCUUUCCAUCCCAUGA